UAUGGUUUUCGGACGAGACCGGUCUUCACCUUACAACUCUUCUUCCUCUCCGACAAUUGACCAAAUGUACCCCAAUGUUGUCCCUCAUUGCAAUGGUUUUGUGGGCCCAUCAAACCACCACCACUCUCCUCUUUCCUCUUCUUCAGGAUUGAGUAUUAGGGUUUUCAUAAAGCCAGAAUAUAGGAUCACUCCACUGCCCCAUUUGUCAUCACAUUCUGGAGAUAUUCCACGUAGUAACUUCCAAUUUGAUUUUGGAUUGGAGAGGAAAAUUCUUGAUGAGGCAAAUAAGGAAAAUCCAAAUUGGAGUAUGUUUGAUAUCGAAAAUAUUCCAACUAAGGCUACUAAAUCAACAUCACCAAAGGUUUCUGUUUCAGAUCCUAUUGUGAGCAAAUAUAUUGCCAUGGGACUAAGUCGAGAAGCUAUUCCUAUUGCUGUCGCAAAUUAUGGUGAUAAUCCAGUCAAGAUUCCAAAAUUCGCCAAGAGUUAUACCCUUCUACGUGAAAUGGGAUUUUCGUCCACAAGCGUUGUUGAAGCCUUGGUUAUGUAUGAUAAUGAUACAGACAAAGCAUUGACGCAUUUCCUUAAUGGUUCAUCAUGAAAAUGCUUAAGCAUAUUUGUGUGGGUAUCAUUUAUUGAUAAAUAAUACAUUGGUACCUUUAUACAACGAUAAAAAAUAGUCAAAUUUAGGGAUAUUUGUAAAUUUAUUUUCUAUGAAGUUAUUUAUUUUUUUAAAAUUAUG